UGUCUUCACCGUAGUAAAAUGAAUCGUUCGCGCGCUUUUAGCUCCGGUGCUCGUUCGCCUCACUUCAGUUCAUUCAAGUACAUAGAACAGUAAAGUAAUUUAGUUUGUUGCCGCGUGACUGUGGCGGUCGUGUUUUCAAGACGUUUUGUGUAGUUUAAUUAUCUGUUGGAGAUUUUUGAGUGAAAAUGGUCGAUAUUCAAGCCGGUCAGAACUCUAAUGUAUUCCUCCUUGCGGGGAUUACAGUCCUAGUUUGUGCGAUAGCACACUUUAUUUACAAGCUUCUUGGAAGGAAGAACGAGGAGGCUGUCGAACAUGAAUCGGAGAAAGAUACAGGAGCUCCCGAGAAACAAGAAACCAAGUCCACAACAGCGGAACGCCCCUCAAACAGGAAGAGCAAGAAACUGGCGUCAUGGAGCGGCAAGCACGAGUUCAGCCACCCGUGGUUGCUGAAGAACCUCAAAGGACACCCGGGUACUGUCCUCCACGUUGACUUCUCAGCCAAUGGCAAGUUUAUGGCCGCCACCUGCGAUGAUGGGUCAGUGAUCCUCUGGGAUAUCCGGGAUCUGAGCCACAACCAGCACAAGACGCUGCGUGUCAACAUCGAGUUCGACCACGCGCAGUUCGUGGCCUGGAGCCCCGACUCCAAGGCCUUCAUCGUUCACACUGUGAGGGAAAACAACAUCGUCGUCUACAAGAUAGAGAAGAAGAAAGAUGGCGCUAUUGGAGCUGCCACUCAAGUUCUCGCGUUUGAUAAGGUACACGACUCAAACGUCGUUGGCUUUGGCAUAUCCAGCAACGGAAAAUUCAUGAUGUCAUGUUCCUCGAAAACUGACAUGGUAAUUUGGGAUUUAAAAGGCCAGAAACUAGACACUCUCGACACUUAUUUGAUGAGUACAUACUCUGCCAAAAUAUCUCCAUGCGGCCGUUUCGUGGUCGCCACGGGACAAGUGGCGGAUAUCAAAGUCAUGGAAGUCUGCUUCACAAAGAACGGAGAGUACAAACAAGUGACAAAGGCUUACGAUCUCACCGGCCACUCGUCGGGUAUAUACGAGGUUGCCUUCGACGUGGAUACUUCGCACGUCGCCACCAUAUCGAAGGAUGGCACGUGGAAACUAUAUCAUACAAAGAUAAACUACGCAAUCGGCGAGGGUCCACACGUGCUAGAAACGGGCCGGUACACGCAGACGGCGAACCCGCCGUGCAUCGCGCUGUCGCCCAACGCUGAAGUGCUGGCCGUGUCCGUCGACGGCUCCGUCGAGUUCUACGACACGUACACCGGCCAGCUGUACGACACCGUGGAGAACGUGUACACUGCGGGACUAAUUAAUCACAUGAAAUUCGACGCGAGCGGGAAGUACCUAUUCGUCUGCGGUGAAAAAGCGGUGAGGAUACUCCACAACGUAUGCGGGUAUCAGACUACGGUGGACAGCUGCACCCGUCUGCUGGCCACGAGACAGACGUCGGCUACUACGGAACGGUUGAAUAAAACUAUACAAGAAUGCAAGGAAACGCUUGCAAAGUUUGGGAAGUAGGUCGGCUUUGCCAAUAUCACCCUUGAUGACGUGUGCCAUUGCUAACGAGCAUCAGGUGAUUCGGAUGCCCGGGUUCCCAAUUUGAUUUGAGAAAGUAUCUGAAGGUUGGCUACCGCGACUAACGGCCCUAUUCGAACUUU